AGGCCGGGGCCGGGGAGGCCGGGCCGGGCCGCGGCGGGUGGAGGGCCUCGCCGUGCGGGGCGUGGAGGUCUGCGAGCGCCAGAGCAGCGGCGGCCAAGGCGGCGAAGGGGGCUACAAGAUGGCGGACCUGGAGGCCGUGCUGGCCGACGUGAGCUACCUGAUGGCCAUGGAGAAGAGCAAGGCCACGCCGGCGGCGCGGGCCAGCAAGAAGAUCCUCCUGCCCGAGCCCAGCAUCCGAAGUGUUAUGCAGAAGUAUCUCGAAGACCGAGGGGAGGUGACCUUUGAGAAGAUAUUCUCUCAGAAGCUGGGCUACCUGCUCUUCAGAGACUUCUGCCUCAACCACAUGGAGGAGGCCAAGCCCCUGGUAGAAUUCUAUGAUGAGAUCAAGAAAUAUGAGAAGUUAGACUCAGAGGAGGAUCGUACCAUCAAAAGCCGAGAGAUCUUUGACUCGUAUAUCAUGAAGGAGCUGCUGUCUUGCUCGCAUCCUUUCUCAAAAAGUGCCACUGAGCAUGUACAGAGCCGGCUCCUAAAGAAGCAGGUGCCCCCUGACUUGUUCCAGCCAUACAUUGAAGAGAUUUGCCAGAGGCUUCGGGACGACGUGUUCCAGAAAUUCAUUGAGAGUGAGAAGUUCACUCGCUUUUGCCAGUGGAAGAAUGUGGAGCUUAACAUCCAUCUGACCAUGAACGACUUCAGCGUGCACCGAAUCAUCGGCCGUGGCGGCUUUGGGGAGGUCUAUGGCUGUCGGAAAGCCGACACGGGCAAGAUGUACGCCAUGAAGUGUCUGGAUAAAAAGCGCAUCAAGAUGAAGCAGGGAGAGACGCUGGCGCUGAAUGAGCGGAUCAUGCUUUCCCUCGUCAGCACUGGGGACUGCCCCUUCAUCGUCUGCAUGUCCUAUGCCUUCCACACUCCAGACAAGCUCAGCUUUAUCCUUGAUCUCAUGAAUGGUGGGGACCUGCACUACCAUCUGUCCCAGCACGGGGUCUUCUCGGAGUCAGACAUGCGUUUCUAUGCCGCCGAGAUCAUCCUGGGCCUGGAACACAUGCACAGUCGAUUCGUGGUCUACCGAGACCUGAAGCCGGCUAACAUCCUGCUAGACGAAUUUGGCCACGUGCGCAUCUCAGACCUGGGCCUGGCCUGUGACUUCUCCAAGAAGAAACCUCAUGCCAGCGUGGGCACCCACGGCUACAUGGCACCCGAGGUCCUGCAGAAAGGGGUAGCCUAUGACAGCAGUGCCGACUGGUUCUCCCUGGGCUGCAUGCUCUUCAAACUGCUGAGAGGGCAUAGCCCCUUUCGUCAGCAUAAGACCAAGGACAAGCACGAGAUCGACCGCAUGACACUGACAAUGGCUGUGGAACUUCCAGACUCCUUCUCCCCAGAAUUACGCUCCCUCCUAGAAGGCCUGCUCCAAAGGGAUGUCAACCGGAGGCUGGGCUGCCUAGGCCGGGGGGCCCAGGAGGUGAAGGAGGACCCCUUCUUUAAGUCUGUGGACUGGCAGAUGGUUUUCCUGCAGAAGUACCCACCCCCCCUGAUCCCACCCCGAGGGGAAGUGAACGCAGCCGACGCCUUCGAUAUUGGUUCUUUUGAUGAGGAAGACACCAAGGGAAUCAAGCUGCUAGACAGCGACCAGGAGCUGUAUCGAAACUUCCCCCUCACUAUCUCAGAGCGAUGGCAACAAGAAGUGGCCGAGACAGUCUUUGACACGGUGAACACGGAGACAGACCGGCUGGAAGCCCGCAAGAAGGCCAAGAACAAGCAGCUGGGCCACGAGGAUGAUUAUGCCCUUGGCAAAGACUGCAUCAUGCACGGCUACAUGUCCAAGAUGGGCAACCCCUUCCUCACCCAGUGGCAGCGGCGGUACUUCUACCUGUUCCCCAAUCGGCUUGAGUGGCGGGCCGAGGGCGAGGCACCGCAGAGCCUCCUGACUAUGGAAGAGAUUCAGUCUGUGGAGGAGACACAGAUCAAAGAGAGAAAAUGUAUCCUGCUCAAGAUCCGAGGCGGCAAACAGUUCAUCCUCCAGUGUGAUAGUGACCCGGAGCUGGUUCAGUGGAAGAAGGAGCUUCGAGACGCGUACCGAGAGGCCCAGCAGCUGGUGCAGCGCGUGCCCAAGAUGAAGAACAAGCCUCGAUCGCCUGUUGUGGAGUUGAGCAAGAUGCCGCUGACGCAGCGGGGCAGCGCCAACGGCCUCUGACCCCUGGCCCCACCUAGCCACCCUGCCCCCGCCCAACCUUUUAUAAACCUCUAAUUUAUUUUGUGGAAUUUUUAUUAUUUUUUUCCCGCCAAGCGGAAAAGGUUUUAUUUUAUAAUUAUUGUGAUUUCCCAUGGCCCUGCCUGGCCCUGUGGAAGGGGCCUGCUUGUCCCCUGUGCCUCCUGUCACCAAGGCCGUCUAGUACCACUGCUCUGACUGCAUCCCCGGGACCACAAGGUGGCCGCUUCUGUGUCUUUCUGGCAGGGCCAGGCAGGGUUUGAUCUGGGGAAAGGGGAGGGAGCGUCAGCGAGGGCAGAGGACAGCCCAGCUCUCCCCCAGCCUGCCCUCCAUGCAUAGGCCUCUUCCUUUCCCUGUGGAGCAGACAAGGCCACAUGCUCUUGAUGCCCACCUGGGCACCCCCACAGACUGAGCCGAGCAUGUGCCCACAGUUGUGUCUGCUAGGAGAGCUGGUGGGGUGCGGUGCCCCCUCACUGUGCCACUCAGGGCUUGGGUCAUGGGAGCUCGCAGGAUCGGGGUCCUACCUGAAGUGCCCCCCUCCCCGCGUGCCCACCCAGGAGCUGCCUUUGUCUCCCUUGCCCCUUCCUUGCCCCUUCAUCUUCCCACACUUCCCUGGGGUUACUGUGUGGCCUCUUCUGGCCACCUCCGCCAAGGGCAUCGGCUUCCGUGUGCCAACUCCUCAGCUCUGGCACCAUUCAGGAAGGCAGGCUCCGGCCUGAACUUCAGGAGCCACGCGGCUGAGCAAGAUGAACCAGUCUCUGCCAAGCGCCCCUCCCCCCUUGCCAGCCCCUGCCCUCCCGACGCCUCCAGCCUGCUUGGCAGGAGCCUUGGAAGGCUCUCCCAGAUUGUGCCAAAUGGACUAGGCCUCGUGCUUGUUUCCGGGGAGCAUGUCUCGGGCUUAGCCACACAUUUCACUGGGAGCACAGGAUUUAGAAUCCAGACAGCAAGAGGCCCAGUGCCCAGUGGGGACCGUGGCUAAGUGUUGAGCCCCCUUCUUCCCAGGUUGGGGCCCGUGUUACUCGGUCACUGUCUCCCCUGGGGCUGGCCGUGCCCCCCCAGCCCUCCCCAGGUGCCCGCCGCAUGUUCCCAGCCUCCCUCGUGCCUGUCCUGCUGCUGCCGCCCGCCGUGCAGUGUGUGAUGUCCCCCCUCCCCUCGGGGCUGGGUCUGUGUGUGACGCCCCUGCUACCAUCACGCCCACCUCCCCUCCCACUAUCACUCCCUGUGCGUUUCUUUGCCGAUUUUUGAAUGUGAUUUUAAAGAGUGAAAAAAAGAUUGAGUUUUUAUAAAAAAACCAAAAAACCAAAAACCAAAAA